GUUGUGCAAAAUUUUUGAUAGAUUUCAAAAUAAUUCGUAAUGUAAAGUUAUUUGAGAGAUUUGGGUUUGCCGACGACUUUUGUGAUCAAUAACAACUAGAAACUGCUGCUAUGGAUAACCAGCACAGUGCAAUAAAUUCGGCAAAAGUGUUUAAUUUACAAAAAAUAUUCAUCUAUGUGCUUUUUAUCACAACAAAGAUGAAUUGGAACUUUGUUUGUGGUGAAUGGAUUGAGCUUCCUCAAUUUUCUAAUAAAUUCAAAGUAUACAGACUUGCUGAUCUAAAAGAUGAUUCGACUAUAAUAAAUCCUGAAAUUGCAAUGAGUGCUUCGAUGAAUAGUAUGCCAGAGAAUUUUGAAAAAAUCAAAAGAAUCGUGAAAACUCAAAAUCCUUUUGAGAUAAAUCACGAUUUUCUGUUGAAAAAGAAAAUAAUUUUUGCCAACAAUUCAAAUGCAAAUUUACCGGAUAUUUCUGUUUUUACUAUUCCACCAAUGAUAUUGAAAAAUGGAAACAUUAAUGACAGUAUAUCCUCCGAAUUUCUGACGAAAGUUCAUUCAGACCAAUAUAAGACUAACAAUAGCUCGAAAAAUAAACAAUCGUCCGAUUCAACAAACUCAAAGAAUAGUAUUAAAGAGGUAAAUUCACAACAAUCAUUCUUUGAUCAUUUCCCACUUAAAUUAUUUAACAUUGUACACAAAAUAUUACUCAAUAAUCAUGCGAGAACGUUCGAAGUAAAGUAUCAUUACUUAAACAAUCUCAGAGAAAAUUUACUUGAAGAUAUCGCUCCAAUAUUAUCAUCAAAAAUUAUCCUCGGAAGCAUAGGGAAAUCAAAUAGAAAAAAAAGAAGCUAUCAUGAAGAACAUGAACAACACAUCGGUUUUCCGUCAUUAGAAGGCGCCCUGUUGGCAAUUUCUUUUUUGACGUUUUCUGUUUACUUAAUACAAUUAGUAAUGAUGCUUUUAAGAAAUAUUGCAAGUAAUCCAACGACAACAACAGGCACAGUCCUGGUUAAUAGAAAUAAAAGAUUCAUCAAUGAAUUACAGAAUUCAACAAAAAUUUGCGAAUAUAUAUAUGAAUUUAAUGGCCACUGAAAUUUGAUGAUUAAUUAUUGACUCAUUCAAAAUAUUAGUUGCGUACA